UAGCCUAGGCUACGGAGCGGAGGGGGCGCGCGUAUGUGUACUUCUGUGUGUCUGCAGUGGGGAAAAGAUCAGGUCCCGGGACUGAAAGCUGCAAGGUAGUCCUGGAUACGUUGAUGAUGGAUUCAGAGUCGGUUUUACAGGAGAAGGCGCUUAAAUUUAUGUGCUCUGUGCCCAGGUCUCUGUGGUUGGGUUGCUCCAGCCUGGCGGACAGCAUGCCUUCGCUGCGAUGCCUGCACACCCCAGGGACUGGCACACUGACCUCUUACCAGACUUCUGCUGAAAGAGAUGAUUGUCACAAUGUGGAGCCUCCUAGAAAGAUUAUUGCAGACAAAAAUGUCUUCAGACAGGCCAAACUUGUCAACGGUACAUCAAGUAUGAUUGUUCCCAAGCAGCGCAAGCUGUCUGCUAAUUAUGAGAAGGAGAAAGAACUUUGUGUUAAGUAUUUUGACCAGUGGUCUGAAUCUGACCAGGUGGAAUUUGUUGAGCAUCUUAUUUCCCGGAUGUGUCACUACCAGCAUGGUCACAUCAACUCCUACUUGAAGCCCAUGUUACAAAGGGAUUUUAUCACUGCACUGCCAGCACGUGGGCUGGACCACAUUGCAGAGAAUAUCCUUUCUUAUUUGGAUGCAAAAGCUCUUUGUGCAGCAGAACUUGUUUGUAAAGAGUGGUACAGAGUGACUUCAGAUGGCAUGUUGUGGAAGAAACUCAUUGAAAGAAUGGUUCGGACAGACUCCUUGUGGAGAGGCCUAGCGGAAAGAAGAGGAUGGGGCCAAUACCUGUUUAAAAACAAGCCACCGGAUGGGACUACACCACCCAAUUCUUUUUACCGAGCACUUUAUCCAAAAAUUAUACAGGACAUAGAGACAAUAGAGUCUAAUUGGCGCUGUGGUAGACACAGCUUACAACGAAUCCAUUGCCGCAGUGAGACAAGCAAGGGAGUCUACUGCUUACAGUAUGAUGAUCAGAAGAUUGUCAGUGGAUUACGAGAUAAUACUAUAAAGAUUUGGGAUAAGAAUACACUGGAAUGCAAAAGGGUUCUUACAGGACAUACAGGCUCUGUAUUGUGCCUUCAGUAUGAUGAAAGAGUUAUCAUUACUGGUUCUUCAGACUCAACUGUCAGAGUUUGGGAUGUCAACACUGGAGAGAUGUUAAACACAUUAAUUCAUCACUGUGAAGCGGUGUUGCAUUUGCGUUUUAACAAUGGCAUGAUGGUGACCUGUUCAAAGGAUCGCUCCAUUGCAGUAUGGGACAUGGCUUCACCAACAGAUAUAACACUACGAAGGGUGCUUGUAGGACACCGGGCUGCAGUGAAUGUUGUAGACUUUGAUGAUAAAUACAUUGUUUCUGCAUCUGGUGACAGAACAAUAAAGGUAUGGAACACAAGCACUUGCGAGUUUGUGCGAACUCUAAAUGGACAUAAGCGUGGCAUUGCCUGUUUACAGUACAGAGACAGGCUAGUGGUCAGUGGCUCCUCAGACAAUACAAUCAGGUUAUGGGAUAUUGAAUGUGGAGCAUGUUUAAGAGUACUUGAAGGACAUGAAGAGUUGGUACGGUGUAUUCGUUUUGAUAAUAAAAGGAUUGUUAGUGGGGCAUAUGAUGGUAAAAUUAAAGUUUGGGAUUUGGUUGCUGCUCUUGACCCUCGGGCUCCUGCAGGAACACUCUGUCUUAGAACACUUGUGGAACAUUCUGGAAGGGUAUUCAGACUUCAGUUUGACGAAUUUCAAAUUGUCAGCAGUUCACAUGAUGACACUAUCCUUAUUUGGGAUUUUUUAAAUGAUCCAUCUUCACAGGCAGAAUCUACACGUUCCCCAUCUCGGACAUACACAUACAUCUCAAGAUAAAUUAUAAACACUACAACGUAUUUAACAAUUGCACAGGACUUAAACUAUGGUGUUUGAAAUAUAUUGAAAUGCCAGAACCUACCACCUCGCUCUGAUGUUGCUGAGGGGAGAGGAUUUCUCUUGUUAAUGAACAAGAUGCAGCAAUUCUGCUCCGCUUGGGGUGACAUGGUGUUACUGACUGAGACAAGUGCUGCUAUUGAAAAAUAUUUGUAUUGUUUGAAGAGAAAAUAUAGUAAUGUUUCAGGAAUUGUCUGUUCACACCUCACAGUUAAUGUGUUAUUUAACUAAUUAAUAUUUUAACAUAUUUUCUGCUGCUUUUUCAUUAUUGAUAUGCCUCGUAAUGGUCAGGCAUGAUGAUAAGGGUGAGGUUACUGAAUUAGUUGUAUAUAAACAGGAUGCCUGUGUGAUAAUCAUUGCACAACAAACGUGCUGGUGUAUGCACAUGAACUUGAUUUAUCAUAUACGCAUGUACUGGGAGUAGUGUGGCUAUCAUUAUUCAUUUAGGAAGUCUCUGCACAUCUGUUACAUUGUGUGUCUUAAUGAUUCCCAACAUUUUGCCAAUAAUUCUAGUGAAGAGGUACAAAUUUCUCAUUUACUGCCAUAAUUGCAGAAGAGUGGACUGAGUAGUAUGUGCUGAAAUGUGUGUGUGUGUGUGUGUGUGUGUAUAUAUAUAUAUAUAUAUAUAUAUAUAUAUAUAUAUACACACACAUACACACACACGUAUUUCAGCACAGACUACUUUUCACAUUGACACCUUAUUUAAAUUCCACGUACAUAAAACCAGGUAAAUCCAAAGUUUUUAUAUUUCUUAUUAUGGAACAGGCUUAGCUGUCAAUUCCUCAGGCCUAAUAUAAUAUGAUAACCCUUGGAAGAAUUUGGCUAGUAAAUGAAAAGGUAAAUUAAAAUUCACACAAUUUUAUGCACAAAAAUGUUAAAAUCAUGUAUUACUUCUCCAAGAACAUUAGUUUUUGUGUUCUACAUGUCAUGAGUACUUCAGUAAUAAAUGCAUCUCAAAAGGUUAGUUUCCAGUGGUACUUGCUAUUAGCAUUAUGGUUUGUAAGGAAUGAACAUCAUAAUAUUUUAAAGCCUUUUUGUGUUUUGUUUUAAUCUUAUUUGUCAACCUUACCCUUAUUGUUAUGUUUCUGAGCAUGUUCAGCUCUUUAAGUGUUGAUCACUUUGCUGCUGAGGCAGUUGAUUUUUUUUUUUUUCUCAUUUUAAUUUAUUACGUAUAUAUUUUUUUAAUCUAUUGUGUUAUUAUUUUCCAGCAGCUAUACAUUAAAACAAUUUCUUGUUGUAUAGUUAGUGGCCAUAAAUGAACAGUUUUGCUAAGUGGCAAGUCAAUGGCCUCCUUAUCUGUAAGUGUGGAUGUAGUGCAGUAUUUACUUAAGGAAUGUGAUCUGGAUCUUUUACGAGUUGAAACUGUUGCAUGGAAUCACGAUCACUUGACAUCCUUUCUUGUUCAACAGUCUGUUGUUUAAUUUAUGACUUUUUGUAAUGAUUUAUACUUUUCUGUGUUAUAUAAUAUACAUACACAUUGUAUAUAUUUUUCUGCAAAUAACGACCAAAUAUAAUUAAAUGACAUGUGAAAUUAUACAGUUAAAGUAAAUACUGUGGAUAAUGUAUGUGCUUUCACAUUUAGCUUUCUUCUAAAUUCAGUUUUUCUCAAUUAGCAAAUAUAAAUCAUUAUUUUGCACUCAAAUACAUUUUUAAUUAUUUUAACAAUGAAGCAAAAUUUAGAGGUAAAAAUUUGCUUUCAUGAUAAUUCAAAAAAGGUUCAUUUUUAGUAACCAUUAUUCCAAAUUGUGAGUUUAUUUACCACAGAAAGAAAUUUACCAAUAUCUGUAUUUAUUGAAAAUUAAACUGUAACAGUCAGCCGUGAGCUCCCUAAAUUCCACUAUACAUUACACCUUUUCCAUUUUGGCUGUGUACAGGCACAUAAUUAGACCUAAGAUAAAGAACAUUCCCAGUCAGAUUUAAAAAAUAAAACAAGGCUGUUUGUGAAAUGCACAACUCUUCUGUGUUCAAGUACAAUAAAUGCAAUUGAUGUAUUUUUGGCUUAGAAAUGAAAGUCACUUAGAAAAUCUGCAAAAUAAAUAAGUAUAAAUAAGAUUGUGUUGGUCUCAUCCCAAGAAGGCCAAGGUGGAAAUGGCGGAACAUAUGUGGUUAAAAAGAAAGAAAGAAAAAUAUAAAGUAUAUAGUUCACAAAACAGACGUGUGUGUUUCUUAAAACAUGCCAUUUCUGAAAGUAUGUCCUUUUAAUAUGAAAAUUGUGGUGGCAAAACAAAAUGUGCAUUUGGGUUUGAAGUGUAAUUUAUGUGACUAAUAUUGUAUAAAAUUGUAUGGAAUUUUACGUUUAACGUCUUCAGUAAAUAUCUGCAGAAACUAAAGAGGUUAACGUGUGCUUGUCGGCAAGCCUUUCAAACCUUGAUUUAAAUGUGAAUGCUGGAAUAGUGGAGUUGUUUACCAGGGUUUGGAGAAAAGUAUUUCAAAAUGGGUUAUUGAGAAAUAACUGGAAUUACUUUGGCCAGUACCAGCGCCUUUCUGGUUAAAGUAUGUUUGUCAUACUCUAUGCUUCAGGCAUUUUAUCUUCUGAGACAGCAACCCUUUUGCUUCAUCCUGUCAACCAUUCUGUACCCCACACUCCUGCUCCCAGCCGCCUUUCCCUUCUCUCUCUCAACUUUCCAAACUUUAGCAUGCAGAAUUUCUGUGCUUUAUUACGGACCUCUGUCUUUAUGGACUUGCAACAAAAGUUGGUGAGACUAUUUAAGGACCUAAACUAUGCAUUAGAAGGUAUUUACAUUUGCAAAAAAAUUGUUUACAUAUUUUCAGCAUUAUCACCAUGUAAAAAUAAUGUUUAAUGCCAAAAUAAAGUUCUUAGCAACUAGGUUUUUAAAUAUAGCUGUAUAGUUAAGUACUGCAUUUAAAUCUGAAGGUUGCGAUUGCUUUCAAUGUAAAGAUGGUGUUUAUUGCGUAAUGCAGUGGCAUGUGUAACAUCUUUGCAUUUCCUUUAUUUGCACUUCAUUUAGGUGGGUCGUUUACUUGGUAAGUAGCCAACUCCUCAGUUAAGGCUUAGGAAGGAUUUAUACACAGUGGUACUAAACAGGUCAAGGCCUUCAGUUUACCAGGUAGUUUUAUCAUCUUUUUUUUCCUGACUGCUUCUUUUGAUUUGUAUGUACAUUUUAAUAUACAGUAUACUUGAAAUAUGUCUUUUUAGUUGCUAGUAAAGACCAGUUUUGUUAGUUUGUGAUUUCUUGUGUUAGUGCAGUAACUCCAGUUUGAAAGUCUGUUAUACUUGAGCCUUCCUUUUUUAAAAUCUAAGUAAGUUUUAAAAAUAUGGCAGUAAUCCUUUGACAAGAUUCAAAUACAUACAAUGGAAAUGCUAAAAGAUAAUACAUGCUGCUGUGUACCUGCUUUCAGAAGCCUUAUUUUUCAGCUUUCAGUGGCAGCCAUGAUUGCUUAAUCAAAGCUUUCUAUAAUGGUCAUGCAUGAGAAGGGUUGCUCUCUCUUUCUCCAUAUCUCCCUGCCUAAGCUUCCCCCACUUCAUUACUGUUACUGUAUUUGUUCUCCAGGUUCUCCAGUGAGUGGGUGAAUGCGGUUUGUAAUUUUGUUUAAGGUAAUGUGAUGUGUAGCUAAUGUUCCAAUAUGUUCACAUUUCUAGAUACGUGGGAUUUUUUUAUUUAUUUUUUUUAUUUAAUUUUUUUCUGUCAUGAAGUAAUUGGAAACAAAAAAUUAGAUUAAAAUGUUUCAUUAGUGCAAGCUGCA